AUGGUUAGCUUCAUUUUAAAUGAAGCAAAAGAUAAAGCAAAUGAAAUUGAAGCAAAAGCUCUUCAAGAUUUUAAUAUUGAGAAACUUAAACUUGUACAAAAUCUUAAACAACAAAUUCGUCUAGAUUUUCAAAAAAAAGUUAAAAGGCUAGAAAUAGAACGAGCUAUUGCUAGAAGUACUGCCAUUAAUAAGGCAAGGCUUAAGAAGAUGGCUGCUAGGGCUCAGGUAUUAAAAGAGGUAGUUCAAUUGGCAAGAAAGAAAAUGUGUGAAUUAUCAUCUAAUCCUACUACUUAUGAACCUUUAUUAGUUGACUUGAUAACUCAAGGUAUGUUACGACUUUUGGAACCUAAGGUUCUGAUACAAUGUCGUAAAAGUGACAUCAAUAUUGUUGGAGAUGCUAUCCCCAAAGCUAUUAAGAAAUAUAAAGAUAUUUUACAACAAGAGUGUGGAAUUUCAAUAUCUAUAGAAGCUACUAUUGACACAGAUAAUACCCUAUUUCCAGCUCCUAUUAAUGCUGAUCAAUCUAGCAAGUUCUGUACCGGAGGUAUUAUUUUAACAAAUCUGAAUCGCAGGAUAGCAUGUAACAAUACUUUAGAUGCAAGAUUAGAUCUUGUUAUUCAGAAUGAUGCUCCUAUUAUUCGUUCUACUUUAUUUCCUAAAUGUUAA